AUGAUGCCGCCUCAUAAUGAGACGGCUCACUCCGUCAGCCGAAUCACCCGCGAGGGUAAAAAGCUUACCUACAAUUUGAGUGUGAUGCAACAACCUGAACGUGCAAGAGCUUGUGGUGCUGGCGCCAAGUCCUCGGCCGACCGUCGCCCUGUUGACCCUCCACCCGUCGUUGAAUUGCGUAUUUACGAAUCCGAUCCUGCCAACGAGGCGCAGAAAACCGAUAUCACCUUUGCCUAUAAUGCCAAUUUCUUUCUCUAUGCAACCUUGGACACGGCACGCCCCGUCGCCCACGGGCGGGUGGCUGGACCGCCGUCGUGCCCCGUUUUAACCGGAGUGCCGGUCGCAGGUGUGGCAUAUCUCGACCGCCCGUCCCAAGCUGGCUACUUUAUCUUUCCCGAUCUAUCAGUACGCCAUGAGGGUCGAUAUCGGUUGAGUUUCCAUCUAUACGAAGAGAUAAAAGAUGCAAAGGAUGCCGACCAAGACUCGAACGCGCCCCUACCCAACCAGAUCGGCCGGUCCAAUGCAGCAAAGCCAGCAUCACCACAAUCAUACCUGCAUUUCCGCCUCGAGGUCAAGUCGGUGCCGUUCACCGUUUAUAGCGCCAAGAAAUUCCCCGGCCUGGCCACCAGCACAUCUCUAAGCCGUAUCAUUGCGGAGCAAGGAUGCCGCGUUCGCAUUCGUCGUGAUGUUCGCAUGAGACGCAGGGGUGAUAAGCGCGAAGAAGAUUACGAAUAUGAUGAAGGGAGUACGGCAGUAUACCCACGGUCCGACCGGUAUUCGACGCCAGAUCGUUAUGUCGCACAGACAGUGGAACGCCCUCGGUCAAACAGCAACGGCAGUACGAUAGAGUCACCAUAUGGAUUCGGUCCCGAUAUUCAAAGGCGGCCAUCAGGUCCCGACUACGGCUUCCAAUGUCCACCACAGCCCUACCAGCGACCUAUGCCACCCGCGCCCAUGCCUCACACCCAGACCCCCUCCUACCAAUCACAUCUCUCCUUCGGCUCUACGCCUUCUCACUACCCUGCUCCUCACAUGCCUCCAACGCCUCCACCAGUGGCACCACCGGGCAACUACUCACCUCACACCACCUACGCCAACAUCCGACACCCCUCAGCUCCAACCGAAUACGAAGCUUCGCCCGCAGGCUACCCCAUGGCACCUCAAAUGAUCGAACCGACCGGUUAUCCAAAGAACAAUGUGACUUCAUACCACGUGGAGCCGCCCAAACUACCACAAUAUAUGGUGCCCGAUCCGUCUCCAUAUCAAUCUAUGCCCCAGGGAAUGAUGCCCGGCGCACCGACACCGACAUCUGGUCAUAGCUCCUAUGCUGCGCCCCCUGGCAAGAACAUGGCUAGUGAAUAUGUGAACCUAGAUUCCACUAUCGAGGUUGGCUCACCGAGUCCUGGAUACGAUGCUGUCUCCGGGAAGCGGAUGCUAUACCAUACCGGACCCGUUGGUGGCAAACGCUCACACGAAGAUUCAUUCGGUCUUGACGAUCGGUCGAUGCAAAAUGGCAUGCGUCCAGAUGUGGAUCCCUACCCAAGUACCUACCGCGAUUUCUCCGCUGAGAGUCGCGCUGCCCUGAUGGCCGAGUUGGGUGCGGAUAUGGCCUACAAGCGUGCGAACGGGAGAAUGGUCAUGAAAGUUCCUCCAAACGCGUGA